AUGUUUUCACAUAGAACCCCUCCGACCGAGUCUACGAGGAUCGCGGGAGAGAGCGGAGGUUCUAAACUGGUGAGCACAUUAGUUACAUCAAACACCAUAACCAAGCCACCCACACAGAAGCCAUCAGAUCCGGUACCAUCCCGUGGCACUAACUCUCCUAGUGAGAAGGGCUCGCAGAGCUCGCCCCCUCCACACCCACAGACUAAAACCAAAUUAGAACUUGCCAGAGCCUAUGUAAUAAUAGUGAAGCGAAACAUCUCCCUGUCGAGAAAUUUGAAGUCUGAAAUCAAGGCAGAGGUACUCGAAGCAAUCGACUAA